AUGGAGGCGGAAGACAUCCCCAAGUGGGAUUUUGGGCAACUGCCCAAGGGAAUCUCCCCUGUCCCGGGGGAUUUCAUUCCCUUCUUUUCCACCACCGGGGACACUCGUGUCGACGCCGACAAGAUUUCCCUCAAUUUUGAUUUGCGUGCUCCCAUGUCUCGCACUCGAGCCGCUGCUUGGGAUCGUGUCCCGACACUUUCCACUGCAAAUGGCAAGAGCCGCCAGAUCAUGAAGCGAGUUCCCAUUUGCAACGAGCGCCAGCAAGCUCAACCUUUUGUGACCUUUCCUCAGGUCAAUUUUGUACUCCCAAACACCCGCGAAUCCAUCGCUUUCGACGAGCUCCUCCCUCGCAAGGUUCGACGUGGUUCCAAGUUUGUGCCCAUCUCUAGUGAAGCGGCCUACUCGGGCAAAGCCAUGAGCCAUGCCUUUAUGUUGAGCGAACUCAUGGUCGCUACCACCAAUGUCGCAAACAACUACAUGUACACUUCUUCUUGCACUUCCUACGAAGACCGACGAGCUGCCCGCAACGGUAUCUGCCAGAUCACCCCCCUCAAGCGACGCGCCGAUGUCCUGAAUAACGAGCCCGACGUUCCUAUCAUGCUCAUCCCUACCGGUGGUAACAAGCUUGGCUUCUACUACAAGGUCCUCCCUAUGAUCAAACGAGCCUACUCUCGUGGUAUGAAGGAAGUCGAUGUUGCUACUGCUUCUAUGACCGCGUUCACUUCUUCCCUGCGACGAAGCCGCCGAAACCCUCGCCAGCCUGUUGCUGCCUUUGGUGUCCCCGACCUUUCCGAUAUCAUGGACGAAUCCGAACCCGAAAGCCCUACCGUCGUUCGUGAGCCUGUCCUCAAGUUUGAGUCCCGUUCGCCCGCCAAGCGUAUCGCUAGACUUACAAACCCAUUCUCCAAGUCCACUCCUCGUGGCAACAAGCUUGCUCAAGGUUUUGUGAAGCUUGUUCCUGGUCUUGCUCGCGGAGGUUUCUCUACUCCCGUCAAGUCACGAUCUUCCCCUGUCCCCCAGACUGCCAGCCCAGUCCACGACUACGCUGUUGCUUCUCUUCAGUACUCUCCCAGCGCAUCAGAUGAUGAGGACGAUGUUGCCCCCUCCAAGGAAGGCUCACCUGAACCUGCCGAAGACCUGUCUUUUUCUCCUGCUCGCAGCCCCGGUCGCACUUUCCGCGUUCCAUCCGAGUUUGACUCUUCUUCAAUUAAUGGUGAUGAGAGCACUCGAGGUCCUCCCUCUACCCCCAACAAGUCUUCCCCCGUGAACUACUCGCGUCCUAUCGGUCCCACUCCCUCUCGUUGGAACCGAGCCGAGCCUUCUACCCCCUUCACACCCGUGCCCCAGACUGCCACUGCUGCUACACCCGGCGAGACUGACAGCCCUAUUGGCCUUUAUGCUCUACUUCCCCAAGACACCCCCAAGGCCCCUGCCUGCACCUACGAGACCCUCAGCGGUACUGACUCUAUUGACUUUGGCGGAGCAUCAGCUUUCGAAAGCUCUCUCUCUUGGAUGAACACAUCUGCUCAAGCUACCGAACAAGCUCGUUCUCAGAUUGUCAACCACUCUCGUCGUCGCCGAAGUGAGCCUCUUCUCAUCAAGUCUGUCUUGAACCAAGCUCGUCGCCGAUCAGCUUCUCCUCAAAAGCUCCGAUUCAAGUCCGACGACACCUUCCAGGAUGUUAUUUCCAUCGCGUCUCUGUUUGAUCUUCCUACUCCCGCUGAAGAUGAGGCCAAUGUCGAUGCCACUACCGAUGCUGUCAUGGACGAGCACACAACAGAAGACCCUGUACCUGUUGUCGCCGUCAGUGACAGUAACGUUCAUCAAACUGAUCUUAUGGACUUGACCACCUCUUCAGAAACGCUUGCUGAUCAAUCUCGUGCUCCUACUGAAGAUGACGCCAAUGUCGAUGCCACUGCCGAUGCUGCUAUGGACGAACACACAACAGAAGACCCUGUACCUGUUGUGGCCGUCAACGCCAACACCAGUAACUUCGAUCAGAUGGACUCUACCUCAGUUGAUCAGCCCGCCACCGAUGAGCAAUCCAUCGUCGAGAUUGACAUGCGCGAUGCCACCAAUGUCGAUGCCACCAACGCCGAUGCCACCAACGCCGAUGCCACCAAUGUCGAUGCCAUCAAUGUCGAUGCUGUUAUGGACGAACACACAACAGAAGACCCUGUACCUGUUCUGACCGUCAACAACAGUAACUUCGAUCAGAUGGACUCUACCUCAGUUGAUCAAUCUACUCUUCAUGAUCAGCCAGCCACCGACGAGCAACCCACCGACGAGCAAUCCAUCGUCGAGAUUGACAUGCGUGAGAACCCGGACAUCUUCGGCACCAACCCUUCAUCUCCCCCCGCUCCCAUUCAGAGCUUGUCUCGCAUGGCUAAUGAUGCUUGCAAUGGCCUCGCUAAUGUCGUCGUCACUGAGGAGAACGGCAGACUCUUUGUCCGAUUUAAGUUGUCGGCCGAGCACGCCCACAUGUUCCCAGCCAGCCAGGGUUUCGAGGACAAUGAUCUUACAUUCUCACCUUCAGCGUUGGCGUCUACUCCCAAGACGAAGACCGGCUCUCACCCACUUGCAUCUACGGUUCAGUUCAGCUCUUCUCCUGUCCCAUUUGCUACACCUGAACUUCCGCCCUAUUAUGACAACACACUUGUCUUUGGAUCACCUCCUGUCGCUACUACUGAGCCCACAUCUACACAGAGGAUGACACGACGUCAAAGCGCAAUGACUCCGUUGAAGAGAGCAACUGUGAAUGCUAUGGAAGCUGCCAACCGGACGCCUGCUCCGGUCGCAGAUGUUGACCAUUCGACACCUCGCUUUGAGUCAACUGUUCUCACUAACGAUGAUGCAACUAUCAUCUUUCCUUGGUCAGAUGUGGAAGACAGUCCUGCGCGAUCCAGGCCUCAUACCCAGCCUGCUCGUGUCACGCCUAAUGUCGCGACACCCAAGUUCGCCAGCCCAAAUGCUGGCGAUGCUGAUGAAACUCUUGCCGUUUCAUGGUCAGAUGUCGAGGACUCCCCCAUCCAGUCUGACAACCAGCACUCCGCUGCUCCUGCCGACGACAGCCCGAACCGCGAAUUCAUGCGUAACUUCAUUAAGCAGACGCGACAGCCCACUACCACAGAGGCUGGCUCUCCCAUCACUCCCGCUGCAACACGUAUGCCUCUCGGAGACAGAAGCCCUAACAGGGGUACUCCGCUGAUGGCCAAGCGCAAGCACGAGGAUGAGGACGAGGAAGAUGACAAGCCUAAGCCCAAGAAGGCGAAGGUUGAGGCCACACCCAAGGGCAGGGCAGCCCGAAUGAAGUCGAACCUCACCAUCGACAUGGUCGACUUCCCGGCGACUCAGGACACAGAGUCGCCGGUUCCCACCCCCGCCGAUACCGCCGACCCCCAGGCAGUAUCCCCUCCCCGCCGGUCUUCGCGCCUCCGCGCAACCGGUGGGCCCAAGUCCUCGCUUCCCACCCCCAUCAAGCUCUCGCGAGCUGGGGCCGGGCGUGGCUCCUUGGCACGGAAGCCACGCUCGGAGGAGCAGGAGUUGGACCGCAAGACGCGGUCCAACACCAAGAAGAACAUGGGUGACGCCGAGUCCCCGGCCGAGGUCCUGACUAGAAUCAAGGACCAGGCCGAGGAGGACUCGGACGUCGGAGAGGGAUCGGCCGGCGGGCGACGCGUGGGGUGGAAGGACCCCUUGGAGAAGAUCCAGGGGUCAAGCCCCAAGAAGAAGGCGACCCAGGGCAAGACUGGGGUGACAAAGCCCAAGGCGACGCGGGCUGCCAAGGUGGCGGAGGGACCCAAGUCCCAACGCGUGACGCGAUCUCGCGCACGUGGCGGGGCUUGA